AUGUCCGGUGAGGCAUGGCUCUACCUGCUGGCGGUGUUGAUCAACGCCGUCAACCUGUUCCUGCAGGUCUUCUUCACUAUUAUGUAUAGUGAUCUCGAAUGUGAUUACAUCAACCCUAUCGAUCUUUGCAACCGUCUCAACGCCUACAUCAUCCCCGAAGCCGGUGUCCACGCUUUCCUUACCUUCCUCUUCGUGAUCAACGGCUACUGGCUCGCGAUUGCCCUGAACCUACCGCUGUUGGCUUUCAAUGCCAAGAAGAUCUACGAUAACCAGCACCUCCUGGACGCGACCGAGAUCUUCCGCAAACUCAACGUACACAAGAAGGAAUCCUUCAUCAAGCUUGGUUUCCACCUCUUGAUGUUCUUCUUCUACCUCUACAGCAUGAUCGUUGCUCUUAUCCGCGACGAGUCUCACUAA